AGACGCUGAUAACUCGUUAUUAAGAACCCCCUUCUUUCUUUCUUUCUUUCUUUCUUUCUUUCUUCCUUUGCUUCUCUCUCUUUCUCUCCCUCUCUUUCUCUCUCAGGAGUCUGAUGUGUAGCAGACACCAUGCAUCAGCUGUUAGGCCUGGUGCUGGGCAAGAGGGACCUGUCCCGGGCCGGAGACCUCUUCUCCCUGGAGGACUCUGAGAUAGAGGACUGUCUCUCACAGGCCCUGGAGGAAAUCAAGGCUAUCUCCUGCUCCCCUGACUACCUGACCAAUGACAAUGACCAGGCUGUGGUGGAGAUCUGCAUCACGCGUAUCACCACGGCAAUCAGGGAGACACGGUCCAUCGAGCGCCAUGGGGGGGCACUGGUGGGUCUGUGGGAGUCCUGUCUGGAACACAACCUCACCCCCCAGGGUAAAGACGAAGACACACCCCAUGCCAAGAUAGCCUCUGACAUCACCAGCUGUAUUCUGCAGAACUACAGGCGUCUCCCAGUGAUGGCUCUAGCAGUGCCGGUGGCAGUGAGGUUUCUGCAGAGAGGCAACAGAGAGCUCAGUAGAAACAUGUCCAGUUAUCUCUCUCUGGCUGCCAUGGCUAAGGCUGAACUACUGGCAGAACACACAGAGGCUAUCACUUGCAGCGUGCUGGGAGGUAACCACAUGCUCCUACGCGUGCUGCCAUCCAUCUACCCCAAACAGCCCCAUGCCAUCCAUCGUCACCUAGGCAACCUGACGGCCAUGAUGUCACAGCUCGAUUCACCGGAGCAACAACACCUGCUGAGGCUGAUCCGGAUGGUCGCCGAGCAACAGCCACUGGUUCUGAGCCCCCUGGUGCCCUCCCUGGUUGGUUACCUAGGCGAUGCCUCUCUGAACGAGACUCUACUGGGUGCACUGGUGGACGUGUCACAGGCUAGCCCCGCCUCCAUGACCCCCUUCCUGCCCGCGCUGAGGGUUGUGGGUCAGCAGUACCCAGUCCUGCUGGGACACGUGGUCAAAAUACACAGAGCUGUGGGCUUGACCAGUGAGCGUCAGGCCCGUAGCUCCCUGGCGUACCUAGUGUCUCUGCUGGGCAGUAUGGAUCACAGCUUCCACUACAGUCUGCUGCUGGAGAUCAGAGCCCUGACUGACAGAUACACCUCCAUCCUGGGAGGCUGUGCCAAAGACAUCUACAGGAUGAGUAACAGCUUCACCUCUAUAGCCAGACUACUGGAGACAUACACCACCAUCGACUGCAGGGUUGAAGAGGAAUCAGAAGGCCCUCCUUCCCCAGAGGCCAGUGUGUGUGUGGGUGCAGGGGGGUUUGGAAGGGGGUCAGAGCGGCGACUGCAGGUGAAGAUCCAGGCGUUUGAGGAGAAGAUGGGGGAUGAGGGGGGAGAAGGGGAGACAGACGGUGGGUCAACUACACCCCAACGCAGAUACAGCAUGGGACAAGCUGCUAGAGAGGAAUACAGAGAGAUGAGAUUUAACAGGUCAAAGAGUCUGGCUCUGCACGCCGUGAGGUCACGGUCCAUCAACUCUGAGAGUGGUCCGGAUGGAGAAGGGGUGGAGCUAACGUCUGACGCAUUGCUCUCAGUGUCCCCACCCAAUCAGCAAACAGAAAACUUAGACACCUCUCCCACUGAGAGGGAGCUAACCAAUGAGAGUUCCCUGUCUCCCUCCACCCGUCCGGCCACGCCCCGUGAGGAACAGAGGGAUGCACAGGGAGAGGGGGAAGGAAGGAGAGGAGUGAAGAGGGACACUGGGAAAGAGGACACGCUGUACAGCCACCUGAGGGACAACAUGGAGAAGAUCAAAGAGUUCUGUUCUGUGAUGGUCCAACAGAUCCCCAUACCAGAACACUGUGUCAUAGAAGACUCAAGCCGUGGCUGUGUUGCAAAGCUGUCAUUCUCGUGCUCUCUAAAGGGGCAUUACUGUCUGUUUACCAAGUCCUGUUUCACCCUCACCAGCCUCCAGCCACACCUCUGGAUCAACAUCAUGCUGCUUCACCUACAGAGUCAGCACAGCGCUCCCCUCUCCUCUCUGGAUGACUGUGUUCAGAGGUUGGGGAGACUGUGGGAGAGGACCCAGCUAAAAGGAGCUCACUGCUUCUCCAUGGCCAUGACACAACAGCCCACUCCACACAGAAAGGACCUGGACAGUCUGAAGAUCCUUCUGGAGGAGGUGCGUUUCUUUGACCUGUUUGGCUUCAGUGAAGAGGAGGGCAGCUGGCUCUGCUACAUGUGCAACAACCCAGAGAAGGCCACAGUGGUGAACGAGGAUGGCCAGCCGCUGAUAGAGGGGAAACUGAAAGAGAAGCAGGUUCGCUGGAAGUUCAUCAAACGCUGGAAGACUCGCUACUUCACCCUGGCAGGAAACCAGCUCCUCUUCCGGAAGGGAAAAUCUAAGGAUGAGCUAGACGACAGCACCAUCGAGCUGAACAAAGUGCAGAGCGUCAAGGUGGUGGCUAAGAAGCGACGUGAGCGGGGUCUCCCUCGGGCCUUUGAGAUCUUCACGGACAGUAAAACAUACGUCCUGAAGGCUCGUGAUGAGAAGCAUGCUGAGGAGUGGCUCCAGUGUAUUAAUGUUGCCGUGGCCCAGGCCAGAGAGAGAGGGAACAGAGAGGCCACCACCUACCUGUGACCUUGUGACCUGGAAGAUAUUCUACUGUGACCCGUUCCUGACCCAGAAACACAACAUACAGCCCCGCACUACUGUACCAUCUACUAACAACAGCUGUGAUGUCCACUGUUUCUGGUCACCUGACAGCUGUGGGGCAGCGAAGACUGAUAUCCAGACAUCAUUACCAGAAUUUUGUCAAACACUUAUAUAGGGUAUUGUUUCAGUAUUUACAGCAAUAAGGAUCUUACUAGCAAUAUGGACCUACAAACAGAUUUACUGUUAUUAGCAUUUAGCAGUGUAAUAUAUUAAUAAACCGUCAUUUAGCAGUAUAAUUUAUUAAUAAACCGUCAUUUAGCAGUGUAAUAUAUUAAUAAACCGUCAUUUAGCAGUAUAAUAUAUUAAUAAACCGUCAUUUAGCAGUAUCAUUUAUUAAUAAACCGUCAUUUAGCAGUAUCAUUUAUUAAUAAACCGUCAUUUAGCAGUAUAAUGUAUUAAUAAACCGUCAUUUAGCAGUAUCAUUUAUUAAUAAACCGUCAUUUAGCAGUAUAAUUUAUUAAUAAACCGUCAUUAGCAGUAUAAUAUAUUAAUAAACCGUCAUUUAGCAGUAUAAUUUAUUAAUAAACCGUCAUUUAGCAGUAUAAUUUAUUAAUAAACCGUCAUUUAGCAGUAUAAUUUAUUAAUAAACCGUCAUUAGCAGUAUAAUUUAUUAAUAAACCGUCAUUUAGCAGUAUCAUUUAUUAAUAAACCGUCAUUUAGCAGUAUAAUUUAUUAAUAAACCGUCAUUUAGCAGUAUAAUUUAUUAAUAAACCGUCAUUUAGCAGUAUAAUUUAUUAAUAAACCGUCAUUUAAAAAGGACCCAGUGGUGUAAUAUAGUGAGCUACAAAAGUAUUGAGAAAGUUACAGACGCACCAAUAUCAUACCUCCAAGAGGUAUGCUAACCUUUCACCAUUAUAAUAACAGGGGAGAUUAGCAUUUUUUGGCGGGGGUAUGAUAUUUGUGCAUCUGUGACUUGCUCACUCAUUAUUCACGAUUCAUUCAGGAUUAUCCGUAAUCAUGGUAACAUCCACAUUAAUGUAGAUGUGUUUAGAAACAUAUUAUAUUCUUAUUUACAAUAAAAGUGACUCCAAAAUGACACAAUACAUUAUUUACCAUUCAUUUCUAUUGGGCACAAAAUAAUCUGAAACACAACCAAAACUAACAGAAAAUGUAGUCACAAGCUUGUUGGGACCAAAUGCUUAACUUUUUACUACUUUAAUCAUUUCUAAACGGUUCAUCCGAUAUGGAUGAAAAUACCCUCAAUUGAAAGCUGACAACCUGCACGUUAAUCUCAUAGUCAUUGUAUCAUUUCAAAUUCAAAGUGCUGGAGUACAGAGCCAAAACAACCGAAAAUGUGUCACUGUCCCAAUAUAUUUGGCGCUCAUUGUAUGUCAUAGUUCAUAAAUGAACAGACUAGUCCUCUGGAGGUCUUAGCAGAGGCUCAGAACAACAGUGGGUGAUAUGGACCACACUGCUGGGGGCUUUAUAACUACGGUUUCUCUCUAGGACACGCUCUUCUAUGGAGAAACAUGUUUAUUGGCAAAGCUAUCAUCUUUUUAUUCUCUUGCCUUUUGUUUCAAGAAAAUAGUUUUGUGUGUGUGUGUGUGUGCGUGCGUGCGUGUGUGUGUGUGCGUGUGUGUGUGUGCGUGUGUGUGUGUUUACAAUGAUGAGCAUUGUUGACAUUUCCGACUUGUCCAUUAAUAACUAUACAUUAAACCUAUAGUUUGCAGAA